ACAGAACAUGGGGGGAACACCACAGACAUUGAACACUCAAAGUGAUAUUAUGUGCCUCUGUGAUCUGUGGCGUUUGUCGUGCAUUGUUUACGUUUUUUCCAAUGAUAUCAGAGACACUUGUCUCUGAUGAUAUUUAUUACAAUGUACUUGAUGGCUCGGUACUAAUUGCUCACUACAGUAUUUUCAGUUUAUUACGGAUUCACUCGUGCUAUACCUGGUCAUUCUAGUUCAAUUGAAGUGAAGUGAAUAUCCAACAAUUGUUCAAUGUCCUUCUCGGCUAAGUUUGUGCUUGCAGUACUAUGGGCUGUAAUCAUCACUGGUCUCUGUCGAGGGGAAUCGGAAAUCGCCCGAUUGGAGGCAUAUUAUUAUGGCAAAUGCAAUCAAACUGGCGACUUGAGGAAAUUCGAAAAACUGCGAACGGAUGCCUACGAGAUGUACAAAUACGCCGAGUUUGCCAUUAAUUUGUUGCCCGAUUCCACUGAAACAUUUUGCAAAAAUCAUAGGCCCAAACUUAUUGAACGCGCCGAUGAAUUGAAAAAUGACCUGAACCAGUGUCUGCCUGCAGGGCGGCAUUUUUUUGGCAAAUUUGUCAAAGACAGCAUUGUGGAGAUCUUACAUUUUCUCUGCCACAAUAACGCAGAGAAAACCAGAAGGUUUUUUACGCAAGGAGGCCCUGACUGUAUGAAAACUUUGGAAGAACCAUCUAGCUCCAAUCUUGACAACUGCUUCAAUAGAAUAUUCGCACCAUCAAGCAAUUUCAUUACGAAAGUUGAACUAUGCGAGGAUAUAGCGGUAGCCAGGAAAUGCUUCGAACGAUUGGUGGACGACUCUUGCCGAAUAGGUUCUAUGAGACAACUGAAUCGUGAAUUUUUUACUUAUGUGUCUAAACCAUGUUCCAGCUCAUACAUGGCCAUAAGUGCCAAUGCAUUGUUACUGUUUGUAAUUUUAAGUAUAGUUUCUAUUGUUAGUUGAAAUAGCCCAGCAUGUUGAAAAUUUUGACUUGUGAUAUAUUUGCAAAUCAUUGAAUAUUAUUAGCUUAAGUAUAAAUAUCUGAAAAAUCACAUUUAGAUGACCGGCCGUGAAAGCCUUUACAGUCUGAUACCUGAAAAAUAUAUGUAUAUAUACAAAGUUAA